AUGUCGAAUAAAAAAUCAACAUUUCCAUCAAAACCAUUGCUUCCAUAUUUUCAAAUAGUAACACCACGUAAUUCCACAAAUCACGUACAAAAUACCUCACAAAGUGCUUCCAAUGAUCAAAUAUCACCAAAAACACCCAAACAAAGUACAUCACCACCUCCGGCACCCGUUGAACCCAAUGUAUUAUUUCGUUCUCAUGCGUUGGAUAUUAUACCAAAUUACACCGUUAAAAACACUGUUGAAAUGUUACAACAAUAUCAAACAAAACCCCCGCGGAAGUUUCGUCCGGGGAAUAAAAAUGAAAUCGGUGUCCAUAAGAUGCAUCGAAAAGCCAAAGAUUUAUCUGGCCAUAAACAUACAUUCGCUGCUACAUUUAAUAACGAUUCAGAUAAUGAUUACUCUCAUAUUGAAGAACAUCCGAAAUGUACGAUUAAUCCGCUUAAUGAUACAGAUAAAAAACCACGAUCAUAUGAAAAUCUUGCGAAUAAAAGUUGUUCAACGAAUAAUGAUGAAAAUAAAUCGUCAAGGAAACAAUUACGGAAAAUUAAUGAUAAACUUAUCAAUGAAAAUGGUAACUUAUGUAAUAAAUUAAUGGAUAUCGAACGAUUAAUGUACGAAAAAGAGCGCCAAUUACAAAUUUUAUACAAAAAAUUAGACGAAUUAACAAGCGAAGAAAAAAUUAAAUCAUGUGAAACUUGUAAUGAAUUUAAAAAAAUUAAUGAAGAAUGUUUGGUUGAACUGGAACAUUUACGUAACGAAAAUUCGUUGUUAAAAACAACAAUUAAACAAUCGUGUAAAAAUUGUUUACAUUUCGAGAACAAGUACGAAAUGACAAAACUCGAACUAGAUAAAUCGAAAAAUAAUACGAAACAUUUAAAUGAAGAUUUAACAAUGUUAAAAACAGUUGUGUUCCGUUUAAAUGUACAGUUAGAACGUUAUCAAGAUAAGUUACGUAAGCAUUUCAAAGAGAAUAUUAUCAUUGGUGAUAAUUAUCGAGAUAAAAUCGAUGAUGAACAUAUUCACGUACCGUGUAGUUGGGGGGAUGUAAAUACACAUACGUUAGCGCCACUCUUAGAUGCAUACCAAGAUGCGAUUGCGGAGAAAGAUGAAAUUAUUCGACAGUAUCAAGAUGAAAUUGAAAUGUGUUCGGGGAAAUUGAAAGAUAUUCUGAAUGAGAAUGAAGCGCUACAUAAGAAAAUAUUGGAUGAUGAUGAACGAUUAAUUCGAAUCGAUGUGAAUCAUGAUGAAACUUUAAAUGAUAAAUUACAGGAUUUAUUGAAAGUUUACGAGCAAAAAGUGGAAUCGAUGACACGUGAUUAUGAGCAAUUACACAAAGAGUAUCAUUCUACACGAACGGAACUUUGUACGCUACAAGGAAAAUAUCAAAUUGUAAUGGAAUCAAUAAAAACACAAAAACGUGAAAAUGAAAAUUUUAUACCAAUUAGUGUUCACAAUUCAACUGUAGAAAAUUGUCGAAGAGCUUACGAUGAAUUAAAAGCUGAGCAUGAUUUGGAAAGGAAUCGUUUAACACAACAAAUAAAAGUCUUGGAGGAAAAACGCCUUGAAUAUGAUAAAGAAAUGAUUGCGUUACGAACAGAAAAUCACGAGCUACAAAUGAACUCAAAGAGUUUAGAUAAAAUGGUCAAGAAAUUACAAGUGAGUCAUGAUCAACAACAGAAUCAAAUUAUGAGUUUGCAAAUAUCACGUGAUUCUUGUCGACGUCAAUUACAAAAGGCGUUUACAUUUUCACGUGAUUUAGUGCGGGAACAAGAACAACUUUUAACGCAGUUAGCGGACAAACAACGCGAAAGUCAAUCAUUACAUCAAUUAACAAAUGUUGGUUUGGAGAUGACUUCGAAAAUGGAUUCAAUUAGAAACCAAUUUGAAACUUUACAACAUGAAGCAAUGCAAAGUUUAGAUUCUGUGGAACAAAAAAUGAACCAACAAGAGGCACAUAUUUCAACAAUAAAACAAAAUUUUGAUUCAGAAAUACAUAAAUUAACGCAAAUGUUAAAUGAAAAAGAUGAAUUAAUCAAAAAAUUAAAUAAUGAAGCCAAAGAAAACGCAUUUACAAAGCCAGCCUAUUUAUUGUAUGGAGAUAAACAUAAAUGA